AUGUCCGAACAAGAAGAAGAUGAGUUCUUCUCGUCUGAAUCAGAUUCAGCUCCUGAAGAGACAAGUGUGAAGCCUAAAAGUAAAAAAAGCAAGGGAAAGCAUGCACCAAAAGAAGCAAGUGCUAAAAAGCGAGUUUCAAAAGUGCGAGAGAUCCCUGGAUUGAAGAUCAGAGGAGGCAAAUCAAUGUACCGGGAUAUCCGGUUUGAUCCGGCGUAUGGAAAAGUGAAUUACGAGAGGAUCAGGAAAGAUUAUGGGUUUUUGGAUGAGUACAGAAAGCAGGAAAUCGGAGAGAUGGAUAAGAUGCUCAAAGAUAGUAAGAUGAUGAGUCGAAUGGACGACGAGCAAAUAGAAGAUUUGAAGUACAGAAAUCAGAGUCUGAAGUCUCGUUUAGGGCACUUGAAGGAGGAGGAGUUCGAAAAGGAGGCUAUAAUCAAGUAUAAGAAGGAAACGGGAAAGAAAUGGCUUAAGCAUGGAGAGCAGAGAAAGGUGAUAAAGGUGGCGAAGUUUGAGUCGAUGAGUACGAGACAGAGACGGAAGGCGAUAGAGAGAAGACGGAAGCGGAAGUUGGGUAAGGAGAUGAAGUCGUUUGCAUUUAGUAAGUAG